UUUUUAGGUUUGCUGAGCUUCCUUCCUCAUUUCACCUGUAACUGAAAGUCACUGAUCAACAAUGACUCGGGUGAACAGAGACAUGAAAGCUGUGAUUAAGCUGCAGUUGAUCCUGAUAGGAGUCUGUAGUGCUCCUGUGUCCUGUGUUCAGCUCGUCCCUCAGUGUUUAUCUCAGGGACAGAUGAAGGUGUCCUGCUUGUCUCAGGGCGGCAGUCCUCAAUACAGCUGGACUCUGGAUGGACGCCCACUGACAGACUCUGAGCUCUUCUCUGGAAAUAAUGAGGCCAGCAGCAUCGUUCUGAGACAAAACAUCCUAGGACAUCUGAUCUGUUCAGUCAGGAGUCAAGUCAGUAACUCCUUCAAAGGGAUGAACUUAACUUACUGUGCGGUGAAACCUUCCUGUGAUGGCAGAGAGAAUGAAGCUCAGUGUUUUGGAGCUUUGGGAGGAGCAGUAGACAUUCAGCUGAUGGACAACAUGUUGGAAAUACCCAGAUUCCAAUGGAUAAUGAAUAACUCUGUGAUACUCAACUGGAGGAUUAAAAAAGUUGUUAGUAAAAAGAACAACAUAAUUCCCGUUUUUCCCAGUAAUGGAACAGUCAGGAUCAAUGACCUGAGAAGGAAUGACAGCGGUGAAUAUAAACUUGAAAUGUUUGAUGGAGAUGGAAAAAUGACAGGAUGGAAAACUCUGCAUCUAUCUGUUAUUGCUCCUGUGUCCUCUGUUCAGCUCGUCCCUCAGUGUUUAUCUCAGGGACAGAGGAAUGUGUCCUGUGUGUCUCAAGGUGACAGUCCUCAAUACAGCUGGACUCUGAAUGGACACAAACUGACAAACUCUGAGCUCUUCUCUGGAAACACUGAGGCCAACAUCAUCGUUCUGAGACAAAACAUCUCAGGACAUCUGGUCUGUUCAGUCAGGAAUCAAGUCAGUAACUCCUUCAAAGGGAUGAACUUAACUUAUUGUGCGGUGAAAACUUCAUGUGAUGCCAGAAACAAUGAAGCUCAGUGUUUUGGAGUUUUGGGAGAAGCAAUAGACAUUCAGCUGAUGGACGACUUGUCAGCAGCAGUUAGCUUAAAUUGGAUCAUGAAUCGUGUUGUGAUUCUAAAUUGUAUAUUGAACAGAGUUGUUACUAAAAAGAACAACAUAAUUCCCGUUUUUCCCAAUGAUGGAAUAGUGAGGAUCAAUGACCUGACGAGGGAUGACAGUGGUGAAUAUAUACUUCAUGUGCAUAAAGAAAAUGAUAAACUGGAAAGGAAAACUCUGCAACUUUCUGCAAUAGCUCCUGUGUUUCCUGUUCAGCUCGUCCCUCAAUGUUUAUAUGAGGGACGGCUGAAGGUGUCAUGUGUGACUCAAGGCGACAGUCCUUUGUACAGUUGGACUCUGGAUGGACACCCACUGACAAACUCUGAGCUCUUCUUUGGAAAUAAUGAGGCCAGCAGCAUCGUUCUGAGACAAAACAUCCUAGGACAUCUGGUCUGUUCAGUCAGGAAUCAAAUCAGUAACUCCUCCGAAUGGAUGAACUUAACUCACUGUGUGGAGAAAACUUCCUGUGAUGGCAGAAAGAAUGGAACUCAGUGUUUGGGAGCUUUGGGAGGAGCAAUAGACAUUCAGAUGAUGAACGACAUGUUAGAAAUACCCAACUUCGAAUGGAUAAUGAAUUACUUUGUGAUACUCAAGUGGAGGAAUAACACAGUUGUUAGUAAAAAUAACAACAUAAAUCCCGUUUUACCCAGUGAUGGAAUAGUCAGGAUCAAUGACCUGACAAGGAAUGACAGCGGUGAAUAUAAACUUGAAAUGUUUGAUGGAGAUGGAAAAAUGACAGGAUGGAAAACUCUGCAACUAUCUGUUAUAGCUCCUGUGUAUCCUGUUCAGCUCGUCCACCAGUGUUUAUCUCAGGGACAGAUGAAGGUGUCAUGUGUGUCUCAAGGCGACAGUCCUCAAUACAACUGGACUCUGGAUGGACACAAACUGACAAACUCUGAGCUCUUCUCUAGAAAUACUGAGGCCAACAUCAUCGUUCUGAGACAAAACAUCUCAGGACAUCUGGUCUGUUCAGUCAGCAAUAACGUCAGUGACUCCUUCAAAGGGAUGGACGUAACUUACUGUGCGGUGAAACCUUCCUGUGAUGGCAGAAAGAAUGGAGCUCAGUGUUUUGGAGCUUUGGGAGGAGCAGUAGACAUUCAGCUGAUGGACGACAUGUUCGGAAUACCCAUCUUCAAUUGGAUAAUUAAUAAGGUUGUGGUUCUACGUUGGAGAUUUGACAAAGUUGUUAGUAAAAGAAACAACAUAAUUCCCGCUUUUCCCAGUAAUGGAACAGUCAGGAUCAAUGACCUGAGAACGACUGACACCGGUUACUAUAACCUUGAUAUGUUUGAUGGAAAAGGAAAUAAGAAAGGAUCGAGAAUGCUGAAGCUAUCUGUCAUAGCUCCUGUGUCCUCUGUUCAGCUCGUCCCUCAGUUUUAUCUCAGGGACAGAUGAAGGUGUCCUGUGUGUCUCAAGGCGACAGUCCUCAAUACAGCUGGACUCUGGAUGGACACAAACUGACAGACUCUGAGCUCUUCUCUGGA